GAGGUCUGAGCCACACUGUGCAGGAUGAAGCUCGUCACCAUGGCCCUGGCGUGCAUGCUGCUGGCUGGGAUGUGGCUUCGAGACGUGGACGGCAGGAGCAUGCACGUGUCAUCCUCCAACUGUUGUUUCGUCUUUGUGAAGAGGAAGAUUCCCCAGAAGAUAAUCCAGUGUUAUAAGCCCACCAGCUCCACCUGCUCCCACAAGAGUCUAAUAAUCAAGCUGAGGGGCGGCAGAGAGACAUGUGUCUUGGAGACAGCCUCAUGGGUUAAACCUCAUUUAAAAACUAUGAAACCAUGCCCGCUAAAGUAA